AGAUGGGAUCUGCUUCUAGCUGUAAGUCUGGAGGUGCCGGUAGAGCUGGAGAGCCUGGGUUGCCUGGGUUGUUAGCGCCCACCGGAGUACUGCCCACACGGCCUCCAUACUGUAGCCACCCGGUCAUCUACCGCCACAUUGUAAUUAAAUCUACCAUCAACAAAAUCUCGCAGCUCAGAGUAAUAGAAUCAGAUGUAAACAUGAGCUCCAACGUGGAACAAUACUACCCGCAGCUGGCGGCCAUGUACGAUCAAGGUUAUCGGAUGUUGGUGUUUGCCUUACAUCCGGGUACCUCGCGGUGUUACGGCCUACCUGGGAUCGGGAAGGCGCAGUCCGUACUCAGGUUCCACGGCAUCUUCCGUCGCUUGUUUCCGGGAGAGGAGAGUCGGCAGUGGGAGCUUCGGGUGGAAAAGUCAUCAAUCCUAAGCCAAUUUUAUAACCAUUGCCCCGGUUCCAUGUUUAUGUCAUCUGAUCGCACAAUGGGAAGUACCACGGACAACAGCAAGCUCUUCAAGACGCUUCAGCGGAUAUCGACGGCUGGCGGCAGGCUGGUCAACGUUGAGCUGACGGGCGAGGCCGGAAAGCAGCUGGUGAUUCAGCGUCCGUUCCGGUUGGGACAGGUGGACGAUUUGUAUACACAGUUCUUGAUGAACUCCACGAAAAUGCAGAUUGCAGUCGACGUGUUCUACGAGUUGCCGCGGUCAGGCAGCGGUGGUCAGCGGUACAUGUAUCAGAUCGUGCCUUGCCUCAUGGAGUCCAAGCCUAGCAAAGGCCGUUGGGUCUCCAAAAUCCCUUGGGAGACCGUCAUGAGACAAUAUCUGAUUACAGGCUGGAAACUCGUUGAAAUAUUCGAGGAUUAUUCAUCGUCCAUAAACUACAACAACCAACAAAUGUUUUCUAUGAAGAUCACGAUGCAAAAGAACUUUCUGUGGAUUUUUGAGAAGGCGGUCUCCCGGCGCGACGAUCCCACACCGUUAUAUGAGGGCACAAUGGUGGAACAUUGGUGUACUAUCACCAGGAAAGAACAUGCGAUGGGGUUGGGCGGAUGGUCCACGAAUGUCGCGACAAACUGGGAACCAUUGCUAGACCAUUCCGGGCAUUCCGGGUGGCAGUUGGUCCGGAUCAUAGACACACCGGAUACGCAAAUCGAGGGUAUAUUUCACCCGAUCAUCCAUCAGAGGCAAAUGAUAUUUCUUCAGAGACUUAUAGGAAAUCGCAGAACGCGGUUAAGCAACACAUUCGGUUUACCCCGUGACGCAACGCAGUCUACUGACGAGGUGUGAGCCGCUCUCCGCUCCUUGCGUUAAUGAGCUGUACUCCGUAAAACUAAGUGUAACCAUCGUUUUAGUGGAAUAAAAAGCUUCAGUUGACAUGAUAGCUAAAACUUGAUA